AUGACGGGCACAGCAGAGCCCAGUGCACACGCUGCACACGCUACAAAGCCAGCAGACCCAGCAGCGACGCUCCCCUCGCCCGUGCAAGACCCGCUCCCCGCGCCCGCAUCUUCAUCUCGCACCGACUCGCACGCCGCAACAGCCCAGUCCAGCGACCUGUCCAGUCUCGAGAACUCGUCGUCGGCAGAGGACAGCGUCAGGGUCAUCGCGCGGCCAGCUCGCAAGGUUGGAAACGCUGCCUCUCCCGCCCUUCGCGCAACCCCGAUGCAGCAGCUUCCCAGCAACGACAUGCUUCCCAAGCUGCCUGGAAAGGGCGCAGCGAAGAAAGAGGACCGCUUUCCCUCGCCGCCGCAAGCGCCGCCCACUCCCGCCGCCUCCCACUCCUCCCCCGAGAUGCCCAAGAUCCCCCUCCCUUCGUUCGUCAAGGAAGACGACCUCUCGUCCGAAUCCGACUCGUCCUCCGACGAAGAUUCCUACGGGGAAGAGAAGCCGCCCCGCCCCACUCGCUUCUCCAAAUCCACAGGCUUGCCCCGUCCCCGACCCAGCUACUACUACGACGCCGACUACGAUCCCGGCACGACGGCUGGGAAGAAGAAGAGGCACAGGAGGGGUGGGUUCAAGGGUGUGCCGGUGUUUGAACCGAGCAUGGAGGACUUUGCGGCGAACGGAGGGUUCUACGGAUAUGUCAAGCGGAUUGAGAAGUACGGCCUGAGGAGCGGGAUCGUCAAGGUCGUCCCGCCCAAGGAGUGGUCCGACUCGCUCAAGCCGGUCGACAAGCCCCUGCGCGACAUCCGCCUCCGCGACGCGAUCGAGCAACACAUCUUUGGCUCGCAGGGCGUCUACCGCGUCGCGAACGAAGCCAAGUCGCGCGUGUGGAGCCCGCUGCAGUGGAAGGAGAUGUCGCUGCGGCCGAAAUGGGACGGGCCGGACUUGUUGGCGGAGGAGAAGAAGGGCGACAGAAGCGAGAGGAGGGCUGUGAGUGAGAGGGUUGCGAAGAGGCAGAAUGGGGAGGAGGAUGGGGGGAGUGCGAGGAAGAAGGGAAAGGGGAGGCAGGUCGAGGACGAGGGGGAGAGCGAUGAGGCGGAGGAAGCGGACGAGGAGGAUGCUGCGUUGCCCAAGGGUCGCAGGACGCCCGCUCGCAAGUCAAAGGUCGACACCCCCGCCAAGGCGUCCGCCUCGAAGGCGAAGAAGGAGAAGUCGCCAUCGGAGGAGGCACCCGACUUGGCCGCCAAGAAGAAACGCCUCUCUGUCCUACAGCGCAACGAGACGACCGAGGAAGAGUGGCGUGACUUCGUCGACCACUUGUACGAGCUCCCGCACGGCAUGACCAAGGACGACUACACGGUCGAGCGCAUGCGCGACUUCGAACGCCGGUACUGGCGCACGUUGACAUUCGGCGAACCACCCAUGUACGGCGCCGAUAUGGCCGGCUCGCUCUUCGACGACUCGGCGACCGCAUGGAACGUUGCCAAGCUCGGCGACUUGUUGCCGAAACUCGCGCCGCAAGACUGCCAGAUCCCCGGCGUUGUCACGCCCUAUCUCUACUUCGGCAUGUGGCGUGCGACCUUCGCUUGGCAUGUUGAGGAUGCCGACCUGUACUCGAUCAACUACAUCCACUUCGGCGCGCCCAAGUUCUGGUAUUCGGUCCCGCAGGAGCAGGCGGAGCGCUUCGAGCGUGUCAUGGAGGGCUUGUUCCCGACGGACCGCUCGAAAUGCUCGCAGUUCCUCCGCCACAAAGCCUUCCUCGCCUCUCCCAAGAUCCUCGCCAACCACGGCAUCACCCUCAACCGCUGCGUCCAGCUCCCCGGCGAGUUUAUCCUCACCUACCCGAAGGGCUACCACUCUGGCUUCAACCUCGGCUUCAACUGCGCCGAAUCGAUCAACUUUGCGACGGAGAGGUGGUUGCCCCUCGGCAAGGUCACGAAGCACUGCCACUGCGUUGAGGACUCGGUCUCGAUCGACGUCAACAUCUGGCUUCGACAGGCGGCGAAGGAGGAGCACCUCAAGCGCGGCGACCCUUGGCCGUACGACGAGCUCGAGGAGCAGGCUCUCCUUGCGCAGAUCGAGGCCGAGGAGCGCGCCGAGAAGGAGCGCGUCGCCGCUGCUGCCGCUGCCGCCGCUGCAGCGAGGAAGCGCGCUUCGACGGGCGCGGAUGGCCAGCCGCGCAAGAAGCCUCGACCCGCAACGACGCACCUCACGCCCCUUCAGCAGCGCUCGCUGUGCCUGACACCCGCCGAUCCUGGCGCCAUUGGCCCGAGUGUGGUGACGAUGACCAUCCUCGAGGCGUUGCAGUCGGUCGACAUCCUGCCGCACAUCCGCCAGCAACUCGCCCUGCUCGUCCAGCGCUCGAACGGCCAGUACACGCACAGCAGCCACAUUCGCCUUCAGGUCGUCCCCCACCCUGCGCCGCACCUCAUUGCACCUCCUGCUCCGCCUCCUCAGCCCCGCUCGAACCCGUACGGCUCUUCGGCGUACCACUACCCUCAGCAAGCUGUCCAGCCCAAGCCAACGAACAGCUCGGCUGCGUCGACGGCUUCUGCGCCCCCGGCUCCUCCGCCCAAGCCCGACUUCCCUUGCGCGCUCUGUCCCGACUUGAGCACCGAAGGACUCGUCAGGGUUGGCGAGCCGGGCAUGAAGAACAAGAAGAAGCUCGAGGCGCACCGCAUCUGCGUCAUGUUCACCCCCGCGACCUGGAUCGACGUCGACCCCGAGACGAACGAGGAGAUUGUUCGCGGUUUCUCGAAGAUCGAGAAAGCCCGCUGGAAGCUCAAAUGCCAACUCUGCACCGAGACGCACGGCACGAAGGUCCAAUGCACGAAGGGCAAGUGCACGAAGGCGUUCCACGUUACCUGCGCCGCCCACGAUGACGCCGGGGUGCACCUCGACGCGACUGUUCCCGACGAGGGCAACGAGGGUCAGGAGGUCAGCAUCCUCGGCCAGGCGCGCCAGAAGACCCCGACAGCGAACGUACCGACGCAGGAAGGUGCCCAGCCGCCGGCGUCCCCGAGCAAGCAGCCGAACAACGACCUCAUCCACCUCACCGUUCUCUGCCGCACGCAUAACCCGGACUACCAACGCCGCGAGUCUGAGCGGAGGGCCGCUGAACUGCGCUCCAAGGUCGAGGCGCUCAAACCUGGCGACCGCAUCCGCGUCAAAACGAACAACGGCAACUACGACGUCACGUUUGCUUCGGUGGAUAAGGAGAAGGAGAUGGUUGCCUAUGCGUUCGACGAUGGCAAGCGCGGAUCGGUCAAGUGGAAGAACAUCUUGUGGCCCGAGUCGCCCGAGGUCUUGCGGAAGAAGGAGGAGGCCGCCCUUCGCGCUCAGCAGGAGAAGGCCGCCAUUCUCGAUCGUCCCGCGUACAAGGCGCCGCCGAAACGUGCGAAUCCUGCCGUCGUCGUUCCGCUUGCGCCGAGCGCGCCGCCUCCGAACUAUGGCUACCAGUACCAGCCGCAGUACUCGUACUACAACGGUCCGGCUGGGCAGUCGUCUUCGACGCCUUACGGCUACGCCCAACCUCCGCACCCCGGCUACGCGUACGGCCCGCCUUCGCAACCCUACCAGUACAGCUAUCCGUCCAACAUCGCUCCACCUGCGCGAUACCCUCCUCCGCCUGGACCUUACGGACCCGCCUACCAGCAGCAGCAGACGCCUGCGCCUCCGACAUACCCUGGACCAGCUGCUUCGUCGCCGGCCUACCCGUCCCAGCAAGUCCCGCAGCAGCAGCAGCAAAGGCCGCUACCGCCGUUCGCGUCCUUUGCCAGCAUGGCCGCCCAGACGCCGCCUCAGCCCAACGCACACACAAACGCCGCGCCGAGCGCGAGCGCGUAA